AUGGCGGAAUCCUCAACAUUUAAGCUAGCCCAAGAAGCAUUGGAAUUCCUCAAGCCUAAGCUGCCAGAAGAGCUACAGAAGCCCCGGAUAGCUAUAAUAUGCGGUUCCGGCUUGGGCGGCCUUGCUGAUACGAUUGACCCCAAGGUCAAGGUUGAAUUUGACUACGGGGAUAUUCCUCAUUUUCCUACUCCCGGGCCAUUUGGGAAAGCUUGUAUUUGGGUACCUGGGAGACGGCACUCCAGGCGUCUUAAUGGUGGGAAGAGCACAGUCAGUAUUACUCCCAGCCGACUGGAAAGGUAUAUGGCUAUGCGUAGACGGUCGGUCUCUGAGACAACGAAUAGUUUCUACGAGGGACAUGCCAUCAACCGGGUUACAUUCCCAGUGCGGCUCUUUAAACUGUUAGGCGUGGAGAUCAUGAUAGUCACCAAUGCAAGCGGAGCAUUGAAUUCCGAGUAUGCCGUCGGGGAUGUUGUGAUAAUCAACGAUCACAUUUUCCUCGCCGGUUUCGCAGGCGCACAUCCAUUGCGAGGACUCAACGAGGACGAAUUUGGAGUCCGAUUUCCGGCUCUUUCAGAUGCAUAUGAUCUUGAUUUGAGACGAACAGCGCAUCGUGCAUGGGCCAAGGUGAUACCAGCGGACAGCAAGCGCAGACUACAUGAAGGCGUAUACGCCUUCUGUGCAGGACCAAGCUUCGAAACUCGAGCCGAGUGUAGAUUCAUGCGACAACUCGGCGUAGAUUUGGUUGGAAUGUCAACAGUACCAGAAAUUAUUGUCGCUCGACAUUCUGGGAUCCGUGUUCUUGCCUUGAGUUUGGUCACCAAUAAUGCGGUUUUAUCUCCGGUUCCACGAGGCGACGACACUCUCCUCCAAGAAACAGACAGAUCAGGGCUAGCUAAGAUCGUCGAGGAGGGUAAGGCGAACCACGAGGAAGUGUUGGAGGCAGGUCGGCAAGCCGCAACAGACGUCCAGAAAAUGGUUCGACAAGCAGUUAUCGACAUGUUUCCACGGACCAAUAAUUAA